UGUGUGUGUGCGUGUUUGUAUGUAUGGUUUGUGUAUGUGACAGGGACAUAACUGUUUUUCUCAGCCGCCGCUCCUAGUGUUGAUAAUAUCGUAACAUUUUUGUUUAUACGCUUCCGCCGCCGACGUUGGCAGACCAGACUUCCAGAAAGUGAUAAUUUGGUUUGAUCGUUGAAGAAUUUUUCAUCCGUUUCCAUCGAACCGGACGUUGCGUAAGUACUAUUCAAAUCCAAACAGGUCUUAUAGCCGUCUAUUUUCGGUUAUUGCGGUACAUUUACUGAGGUUCUUAAUUUUCGAGUUAAUUUUGAUUUUGCCCUUGUUCCGGCAAUAAUUAACCGACGGCCGUACCUAGCACGGGUGACAUUUGUUGACCCAUCACUUCGGUCGUCAUCGAUCCAACUCUACAAUUCCUUUGCGGUGACCAUAUCAUUCGUAAUAAUUUUUAAAGCUUUAAUAUAGUACAAGUCUUUGGUGGCUUAACCUCGUUGAGAAUUAUGUAGAUACUGAUCUUUUGACUUAUCGUUUGUUUACCAUUAUUACCUUAUUCGCAUCAUUCUUUUAUCUUAAUAAUAAAAUUUUUGAAUUUUUUGAGAAAAUACAUUAUUGUUUGAUUGUUUAUAAAAUGUUUCCUAAUGUACGUACCUAUACUUGAAUUUUUGCCAAAUGUGUGUAUGAUACAGUAUACCUACAAUAUACCAUAAAUUCAACUACUCAUAAAAUUACCUAUACAUCUCAAUUCAAAUUCUCAAGCUUUCAAAUUGUUCCAUUCUACAUCUAAUUAAAUUUGAUUUUUAAAAAUUAUAAAAUCGAUUUAGGUAUCUACUAAUUAAUUUUAUAUCCAAAUUGUACACAAUUUUUAAUAGCACUAGGUUUUGAGUUUUCUGUCUAAUUCAUUUUGAAUCUGAUAUUAAGGAAGACUUAAAUAUUAUUGUGAGAUUAAGUACUAGGUACCAGUAGUUUAAUGUGGUUGUUUUAAAUAUGAUUGCCCUAUUCGUGUAAUUUCCAUUACUUAAAAGAUAUGUUUGUUAAUAACUGUUUAUAUUACAGUACUUAGUUGUAGGAUUUACAUUUCCUAUAUAUUUGUUGAGAGUUGUUCAGUUAAUUUUUUUGUUAUUCAAUUUAUAUUAUAUUAUUAUAUUUAUAUUGGACUUAUAUACUUACCUACAAAAUAUUUAAUUUUCAUUAAUUCUGAGAUAAAUUCGAAUAAACAUAAAUUAGCCAAAUUUUUUAACUUAAAUCAAUAUAUUUACCAAUGAAUAAUUUAUAUAUUAUUAAAUAAGUAAUAAUUAUUAUUAAUAAGUAUUCUUCUUUUUAGAGUAUCAAAAUGGCAGAUUUAGAUGACCAAUUAUUAGAAAGUGGUAUUGAUUUAUCAUCUGAAGAACAUAACACUCAAAUUAACAAUGACAAUAGUAUGACGUUUGAUUUGAUUGAAAAUGGUCAGUCAAACAAUAUUGACUCGCAAACCUCAGCAGAUUCUGUAAGUUAAUGUUUUUGUUUUGUAUAUAAUAUUAAAAUGUAUAUAAAUAGUACUCAAUUAUUAUCAUAUUCUUAGGACUUGGAAGUAAUUAGAGCCCGUGUACGUGAAAUGGAAGAAGAAGCUGAAAAGCUAAAAAAAUUACAAUCCCAAGUAGAUCAGGAAAUGUCGAAUACACCAGUUCUUUCUUCUGCAAAUUCUUCUAAAACAAGUCAGUAAUUCAAUUGAUAUCUUGAAAAAAAUGUAUUGGUAUAUUCUCAAAUGAAUCUCUUAUUGUUAAAUAUUUACUAAUGAAUAUUGGUAAUUUUCAUACAAAUAAUUCAAUCCAGCAAAUAUGUUUCCUACCUACAAAAAAUAUUUCUACAAAAAUAAAGUUCUAAGAAAAUAUUUUUCUAAGCUAUUUUAAGCUAACACUUACUAAUUCUACUCAACAUAUAUAUAUAUAAAUUGAAUCAUAUUUAAUGAUGUAAAAGUAGAAUUUUAAUAAAAUUUAGAAUUAAACUUAGUAUUUAAAUUUGCAUUAAUUUUAAAAUAAUUUACAUUCAAUAUUAAUGCAAGUUUUUAGACUUUUUAAUGAAGAAAUAUAAUGAUGAAUUUAGUCUCGUUCGUAUGAUAAUUAAUUUUUGAUUACAGCACAUAAUAACAUUCUGAAUUGGGUCGUAUUUAUACUAUGAUACAUAUAAAACUUUAUCAGAUGUAAUAUUGUUACACUUAAAUAAUAACAUGAUGAUUAAAUGGUCUUGUUCCUAUGAUGUCAUAUGAAUCAAUAUACUAAUUCUGAUUUUAAUCCCCUGAAAACUUAAAUGCUUACUCUCUAUUUGAAAAUUGUACGAUAUAUUUUUUGCUGGAUAUAGUUGAAUACAACCUUAUACUAAUUGACAAGAAAUGCACAUGACUACAGUAUUACGAGCUGUGUGGAAACAUAUCACAGUGAUAAGCACGUUUUAACACCAAGUGUGCUAAUUCAAACUAUCACGCUCUAUUACUGUAUGUAUCAUGUAUGGUUAUACUAUUAAGAAUUGAAUAUUGUUUAUUGUAUGUUUUUCUUCCUGUGAUACUAAAAAUUACUCUAAGAGUUUUUGAAUUAAUAAAUUUCAUACAGACAAAUAGACGGACAUCCAUUUUUAUAUAUUGUAUAUAAAUUAAUACUUUGUUGAGAAUAAUUUUUUUGUUUGAAAUGAUUUAUUAAAAAUUGUAAACUUAUUUUUACAGUCCUUAAAUUAUAAAUAUUUUCAACUAAAAUUUAAAAACAAUUUUAAAAUGAGUAAAGGAUGGUGGAUAAUCAAAUGAACGUGGACAUCGGGAACUGAUACAAUAUUUUAUAGAUAUAGAAUACGAGUAUACAACAUUUUUGCAGUUAUUCCUCAGUCACAAAAAAUCACCCACUAUCUUUCAACCCUGGUGUGUAAUCAUUUCUUGUCCAUUAUUUUAAGGUCUAUGGAUACGACCCAGCUGUCAACACUAUGAUGAAGUGUUACCUUCGCUAGUUGAAAAUUAUUUCUAAAUUUUCCUAAAGCUCUGCUUAUUUGUAUAUUAUGAAAUCAAUAAAAACAAUGCUUUUGAUACAUUUCCCACUUGUUUGAUUUAAUAAUUCCUAUUAUACGCAAGUUAAAAUUUAUAAUACAAAUUUUAUAAUCUCAGAAAAUAUGUGUUUGCUGCUUUCUAGUGAUGGUCAAAUGGAUUAAAUACUAAAUCUAAGUCACUAAAAUCAAACUUAAAAUAAAAGCUAUAAUAAAUACUAUUUAUAUAUCAUACACAGAACAUCUAGAUAGAAAAAAGGUAAAUGUAGGAGGGUUUAAUUUGUGUAUUUUACUAUAAUAUUAUAACCUACCAAUGUUUAUAAUCUUUAUUAUUGGUUUUUGUCUAUUUUUUCUUUUAAAAUAGUAGUAUUAAUUAGUUAAAAUUUAAUUUAAAUAAAUCAACCAAUUUAUAUUAUGCUGUUAAAAUAUUUUCCUCAAAAGACUCUGCAAUUUGGCUUAAUAGCUAUUUUAGCUUUAAAUUUUGAGGUAUAUAAAUUUAAGCAAAUCUCCACAUGUGUAAAUUAAUUAUAGAUUUUAUUUAACACUUACUAAAUUUGCUCAACAAUUUAUGAGAUUAGAAAUUAAAUUUAUUAAUUUAAACAAAAUAUUAAAAACAUCCUCAGAAGCUCUAUAUACCGUCUUGUGACCAUUAUAUUUUAAUAUUUUGAGGAAUAAUAAUGUAGUAGAACUCCACAUGUGUUUUUAAUAAAAUCAUUUUAGUCUAACACUUACUAAUUCUACUCAACAUAUAUAUAAAUUAAAUAAUAUUUAAUGGUUUAAAAGUAGUAGAAUUUUAAGAAAAAUGUGUACUAAUUUAUAAAUAAUUUACAUUCAAUACUAAUGCAAGUUCUUAGACUUUUUAAUGAUGAAUUUAGUCUCGUUCGUAUGAUAAUUCAUUUUUGAUUACAGCACAUAAUAACAUUCUGAAUUGGGUCGUAUUUAUACUAUGAUACAUAUAAGUAACAUGUUAUAGUUUAGUAUUGUUUUAUGUUUUAAAUUAAUAUUGUUACACUUAAAUAAUAACAUGAUGAUUAAAUGGUCUUGUUCCUAUGAUGUCAUAUGAAUCAAUAUACUAAUUCUGAUUUUAAUCCCCUGAAAACUUAAAUGCAUAUAUUAUAUUUAAUAAUGUUUGCUCAUGUUUUUUUUUUUAAUUUUUAAUGAUUUAUCUUUAUUUGAAAGUUGUUAAAUUCUAAUGUACUUUAACUAUACUCUAAAUACUUAAAUUGACACUAUGUCAAUAAAAGUAUUAACAAUAUAAUAAAAUGUAGAUGAUUUAUUUUUACUUUUAAAAUUCAAUAAAUAUACAUUGUGUAUUUUGUUUAAUACAAAAUAAAAGUAUUCAUAAUAUGUAUUUAUGAUUUAAAAUAUUUAUAACUAUCCCUCAAAAGCUCUUAAAUUAGUUUUGUAACUAUUUUAUUUUAAUUAUUUGAGGGAAAUUAAUCUAAGUAGAUCUCCACAUGUGAUGCAAUAAUACAUUUUAAACAGUCACUUACUAACUCUGCUUUACAUAUAGUUUAUAUAUAUAUAUAUAUAUAUAUAUAUUUACAUCCACAUAAACAUUAAAUUAUGUAUUUCUAUGUAAUUUUAACCUCAUAAGCUCUUUAAAAUAGUCUUAUGGCUAUUUUAUUAUACAAUUUUGAGGAAAAUUAAUAUAGUAGAUCUCCACAUGUGAUGCAAAUAAUGAUUAUAAAGUUAUCACUUACUAAGUCUACCUAACAUAAAGUGUAUUAUUAUUUAUUGAUAAGGAAACAAUAAGAUAUGUACAAAUAAACAGCUCAGCAAUAGCGGAGGAAAGCAUUGAAGGGAGAUUAAAUUAAAUACUUGAAACCAUCAUUUAUAAUAAAAUAAUAAAGUAAACACAAAAUUAUUAAAUGGUUAAGACUCAUAAAUAAAUAAUAGUGAUUUGCCCGAUAAUGCAUUUUUAAUUUAAAACCUAUACAGUACAUAAUUUUAAAAGUCAUUUGUUUCAUUUAAUGUCAAAAACUACAGAAGUUUAAGGAUUACACAAAUAUUUUAAAAUAUCUGUUAAUAAUAUAUUCGUGUAUUUUACUAGAUGAAGUAGAAAUAUUUUGUAGAUCUUUAUAAACAUAAAAGUAUAUAUUUCAAUAUUUAACCUCAUAAGCUCUUUAAAACGGUCUUAUGGCUAUUUUACUACACAAUUUUGAGGAAAAUUAAUAUAGUAGAUCUCCACAUGUGAUGCAAAUAAUGAUUUUAAAGUUUUCACUUACUAAGUCUACUUAACAUAAAUAAAAUAUAUUAUUAUUUAUUAUAUUACUUAUGUUAUAUUUAUUAUUGAUAAGAAAACAAUAAGAGAUGUACAAAUAAACGACUUAAUAAUAUCAGAGGAAAUCAUUGUGGGAGGAUUUAAUUAAAUAUCUGAGACAAUCAUAUUAUAUAUUUAGAAAGUUAUUUGUUUUAUAAAAUGUAAACAGAUAGAAGUAGGAUUAAAAAAAUGUAUAUCUACUGGUAAAAUACAAACAUUUUAAAGAUUAAAUUGAAUAAAUAAUUAUAUAUAUUUUAUAAUAAUUAAUCAUUAUUUUUAUUAUUAAUUAAAAUAAAUGUUAUGUUACAGGUGCAAACUAUAAUUUAUCUGAGCAAGAAAAGGCUGAAGCUGAUGCUAGAUCUGUUUAUGUGGGAAAUGUAAGUAUUUACUAUGGUAGAAUAUAUUUGUUGAAAAUCAAAUUGGAUAUGCAUUUUAGGUAGAUUAUGCGGCAACAGCAGAAGAAUUGGAAACCCAUUUUCAUGGCUGUGGCUCAAUUAACCGGGUUACUAUACUGUGUAACAAAUUUGAUGGCCAUCCAAAAGGAUUUGCAUAUAUUGAAUUUGCCGAUAUAGAUUCUGUUCACACAGCAAUGGCAAUGGAUGAUUCUUUAUUCAGAGGUCGUCAAAUAAAAGUAAGAUAACAAUUUUGCUUCAUGAAAUUAAAUAAUUUUCGGGUUCUAAACUCGCAUAUUUUUAUUCCACAGGUAAAUCCGAAAAGAACUAAUAAACCUGGUAUAAGUACUACUAAUCGACCUGUAGCGUCUAGAGGUAGAGCUAUGUAUCGAGGCCGUCCAACAACUCGUGGUGGUACACAAUCAUCAUUUUAUGGUGGUUUCAGACCCACUCGUAGACCAAGGUAUAAUUAUAAACAUUUUGAAAUUCUAAGGGAAAAUUAAAUACAUUUAUUUUGUAAAUAUCUUUACAGGGGAGGUUAUUCCAGAAGAGCAAUGUAUUAUCCAUACUGACGAUCAUAAUAAAUCCAUCGCUUCAGUAUAUAUAUAUAUAUAUAUAUCUCGAUGGUACUUUUCAUUAUUUUAAAAGUAAAAAAGUUUUUAAAAAAAACUUGGCUUUAUAAAAAAUUGAUUUUGUACAUACAUAUGAAAGUGUAUUUUAUAGCCUUAAGUGCUUUUGGGAAUGUAUUAGCUUACAUUUUUUUUUUUUUUUUAUUUGAAAACUACUGGAUAAAUAUUGAAAUAUGAAAUAGUUUAUUAAAACUAAUUGGAAUUAAAAGAAACUAUUAUACACUGUAUUAUUGUGCAAAUGAAUUAUCGAAUCGUACAUUUUAUGAUAUAAUACCUAGAUACAUUGUCAUACUUCAAAUUAAUAUUUAAUGUACUAUUUUAGAAUAUAUGAUGAUAUAUAUUUAUAUUGUAUUAGAUAUUAAGGCAUGAGAAAUUUAAAUGUGUCUAGUUAUAAGUUUUAUUAUAUCUAGCUAAUUUUUAAACUUUUUAAAUUUGCUCUUUCUAAAUUUGAAAUAAUUUAUUGUGUUUUAUAUGUAAAUAUUGUACUACAUAUAUUUUAUAUGUAGGUUUAUUUAUAGUUCUUAAAUUAUGUCAAAUGUAUGUCAGAUUAUGUGAUAUCUAAUCUAUAACAUGCAAAAUUUUAUUUUUUAAAAAUCACAUUUUAAAAUUUUCUUAAAAGAAAAUUAUCAAUGUAAUAAAAAAAAAAAAAAAAAAAAAAUAUUGAAAGAAAAAUGAAAUAAUAAAUAUUUAACUAACAAAAAUAGUACAAAAAAAAUGAUAUUAAAAACUAAAUCAAAUCAAACAAAAAGAUCCAAAAACAAAUAAAACACAUA